AUGUAUGGCAUGCUCUAUGAGAGUGUCCAGCACUAUGUGCAGGAGGAGUACGGCACACACGUUUGGAAGAAGGUCUGUCAGAUCAUCGACUGCAAGCACAACAGUUUCAAGACCCACCAGAUCUAUCCGGACAAGCUGAUGCCGGACAUAGCGGCGGCCCUGUCCGCCUGCACGGGCGAGUCCUUCGACUCCUGUAUGAACUUCUUUGGGAAGUGCUUCGUCAGGUUCUUUAGCAACUUUGGCUACGACAAGAUGAUUCGCUCCACGGGCCGAUAUUUCUGCGACUUUCUGCAGUCCAUCGACAACAUUCACCUGAUCAUGCGGUUCACCUAUCCCAAGAUGAAGUCGCCGAGCAUGCAGCUGACCAGCAUGGACGACAAGGGGGCUGUCAUCCUCUAUCGGAGCAGCCGAACGGGCAUGUCCAAGUACCUUAUUGGGCAGAUGACGGAGGUGGCUCAGGAAUUUUAUGGACUGCACAUCAAGGCAUAUGUAAUCGAGAGCCAAAACGACAUCAGCGGCGGGACGGCGGGUCCCAUCAAGAUGACGGAGGGUCCGCUUACUGUCAUCGUGAAGUAUCGCCUGGACUUCGACAACUCUGAAUAUAUGGCCAAGCGUGUGAACACGGAGGCGCAUCCCUCGCAGCUGAAGAUGCCCACGGUGAAACUGGACGUUUUUCUGGACCUGUUCCCCUUCACCUUCGUCCUGAACCACGACAUGAAGAUUACACAUGCCGGGGAGAAGAUUGUGGAGACAUGGAUAAUGCACAAUCCUGGGGCUAAUCUCAAGGGCUUCAUAGGCACUCACGUGAUGGACCUGUUCCACUGUCGACGGCCCAAGGACACCACCAUCGAUUGGGACACAUUGAUCCAGAUGCGGGCGGUUCUCUUCGAGUUCGAGCUGAUCCGUACGGGGCAUAAUCGGGAUGCCUACGACGCAGCCCUGAACAUGGACUUUGAGAACUACGACGAAAUGGAUCUAAACGAGGCGCAGACCAUGGCCAUCACUAAGGCCAAGGAGUUCAAUGACGCACAUCCUGCCGAGGCGGAGCUGGCUGCUGGAGAGGACGAAAUCGAUCCGGCCACGGGUGAACGUCGCUCCUCCCAGGGCCUGAAAUCCAUUCUGCUCAAGGGUCAGAUGUUCUACAUCAAGGAUGUGGACUCGCUGAUUUUCCUGUGCAGUCCGUUGAUCGAGAACCUGGAUGAACUGCAUGCCAUUGGUCUGUACCUGAACGAUCUCAACCCGCAUGGCCUCAGCAGGGAGCUGGUCAUGGCUGGCUGGCAACACUGCUCGAAGCUAGAGAUCAUGUUCGAGAAGGAGGAGCAGCGAUCUGAUGAACUGGAAAAGUCCUUAGAGCUUGCUGACUCUUGGAAACGUCAGGGUGAUGACCUCCUAUACUCCAUGAUCCCACGUCCCAUUGCCGAACGAAUGAGGAACAGCCAGGAGCAGGUUUGUGAGAGCUUCGAGGAGGUCUCCGUCAUCUUCAUCGAGGUCCUGAAUGUCUACGACGGCGGCUUGAACAGCAUUCAGGGAGCCAUGAUGGCAGUGAAUACGCUGAACAAGGUUUUCUCGGUUCUCGAUAAGGAAAUCAUUUCCCCGUUCGUCUACAAAGUGGAGACAGUGGGCAUGGUCUACAUGGCGGUGUCCGGGGCACCGGACGUCAAUCCCUUGCAUGCGCAGCACGCGUGCGAUAUGGCACUGCGCGUGAUGAAGAAGUUUCAUCCCAAGGAUAUGGGCGAUGUGGCUAUUCGGGUGGGCAUCAACUCGGGUCCCGUGGUGGCCGGAGUCGUUGGCCAAAAGGUUCCCCGUUAUUGCCUCUUCGGGGAUACGGUCAAUACCGCCUCCCGCAUGGAGAGCAGCAGUGAUCCUUGGAAGAUUCAGCUCUCCAAAUACACGGCAGACAAGGUGCGAGAACUUGGCUAUAAGGUCGAGUCCCGUGGUACUGUCAAGGUCAAGGGUAAGGGCGAAAUGGAGACCUAUUGGCUGCUCGAGGGACCAGAGGGCUAAA